AGAAGAAAAAGAAAAGUCGUUUGGAAGUUCUGAGAAAAAAAAAUGAAUAGACGAAAGAAGGGGCUGAUUAAUUUUCGAUUAUCGAGGAAAGAAAAUAAGAGAGGAGUACUAUUAGUGCAACGACGUUUGAGGACGAAGUACGGAGUUUGGCAGGAGCGCAAACUCGUUUUCAGCAGAGGACUCGCAGAGGGCGGCGGAGUUUGUUGGAAGAGGUGGAAGAAGCCGCGAGCUAGGGAACUAGAGGGUAGGGGAAAUCGUCAGGAUUGGCUUUACAGGAACGUGAAACUCAGUAGUACGCUACCACCCACGCACAUAGUACGCACGUAGUUCGUUCCACGUGUUUAUCUUCCUACGAAAGAUUUCGAACAUUCAUAGGUGCAUCAUCGAAUUGUUUCCGAUAACCGGUGACUUUUUGUGCAUUCGACAGUGUCAAGGACACAUCGGGAAAUUCAUUGAUUACAAAAUCAUAGAAUUUAAAUGAUUACACUUGAACAAAUAUAUCUGAUCCACACAAUCAAGAAGAAGAGGGAAUAGGAAAAAGCUGAUCUUAUGUGAAAUAUUCAAAGGGAAAAGGGUAUCUUAGGAUAAACUGAGGGCGGCAUGUAUCUUAAAUCGUUUGGAGAUGGUGCGUCUCGAUAGGAUCAGACGAUAAAGGAGAUGAAUCGGGCUACUGAUAAAUCCCGAUUAGAAUACGAAGAAUCUCUUUGUCAUGCCGAAGUUUAAGAUGAAGUUAUCUGCGAUGGAUUGUCGUCAACGUGGAAGAACAACAAUUUCGAUCAGCAGCUACUAAGUAACUGAACAAACCUUUAUCGAUCCUUAGAUCUUUCGAGGACAUCGUGGGAACGAACGCUGUUACGUGUUGCUAUUAUCGAUCACGAUGAAUACUCGUGGCGGUGAUUUGAGUCCAACUCGACAACCGAGACAAAGUAGAAUUCAUAGCGUCGGAUUACCACCACGUGCAUCACUACUUCCAGAACCACCACCUACCAACGAAAAUAAUAUGCCACCACCUAUUCCACGUCGUCAUUCGGCGGCACCUACGGUAGCACCACCUCCAAUACCAAUACGUCCACCAGCAAUACCAAAAAGAUCGAAAAACGAGAAACCAAUACCAAUUGAAAAAUCAAAAAAUAACAGAUGCGAAGGUGGUACGUCGAACUGUAAAGGAAAAAAAAAAGAUUCAAAUACGUCAUCGUCAUUAUCAUCACCACCACAAGUUGCUUGUCAUUUUACGAAUUCUUCUUGGAAUGGACAGACGGUCCUGAUCGAUAAGAAAUUGAUAGACCUUGGACCAUUUAGAGCUCAUAAUAAUCAUCAUCACCAACCAUCCCAGGAUUUCUCUUUGGCUUUUGAAUCGAAGGACAUGGCCAGCGCCAAUGAGAAUAGUAACUUCAUAGCUAACUUUCCUAAAGUUAAUUUCUCGGAUGAGGAAAAGCUUGAGAAACGACAAUCAAACCUCGAUGAACUUCGAAAGGCUUCACGUGAUCUUGAGAAGAACCUUCACGAAAGGACUAUCAAGAACAACGAAACUAAUUUCAAUGAUAUUUUAAAUGAAAGAGAAGAUGAUAGACAGCAACAAAAUCUUCAAAAUCAAAAUAUCAGACAACAGCCAGGAGAAGGAGGAGGAGGAGGAGGAGGAGGAGGAAAGUUUCGUAAAGAAGAGAAAAGCAUCGAGGGAAGAAGUGUCGAGGAGGAAACACUGGAGGGAAUAUCUGAAGAAGAAAUGUCUGAGUCUACUCGAGACACUUUUCAGGAGGAACGAAAGUUCGUCGGACUGGUUAGAUUGUAUCGAGAAGAAGAGAAAAGAUCGAAGUUUGAGGAACUUCAAGCAGUUUCGAAAAAUCUCGAACGACGUCUACAGAGUAAGAACGAGGAGGAUGAUCAACGUCGUUACAAAGACAUGGAAAGACGUUUGAAUAAAGAUAGAUCAAUAUCUAGAUACGAAGAUCCUUCGAGAUUACCGCAAGAAUUGGAAAGAAGAUUGUUGUCCGAUCAAAGAUCCGUCAUAGAUCAAUCAACGCGUGCCAAAUAUGACAAUGAUAUGGAAAAAGCUAGAAAUAUGUUACAACAUAAUACGAGAAAGGAAAGAUCAAGUGGUAUUGAAAAAUUAGAAAAAUUACCUAAAGCUACGCAAACUAAUUUACCACCACCGCUUAGUGCGAUUUGUCAAAGUUAUGUGCCAAAACCAAUCAACGUUAGACAAGAUAGCAAUGUUUCAUCAGAUAGUUUUAGUCAAACAAGUUCACCGAGUUACACAAACAAAACUAUGGAAGCACCUUUGCUACCACAUAAAUAUGGGAAAUUGCCAGACAGAGCUUUGGUUCACGAACCUGACAAUUCAUCGGGUAGGCCAAUAACUAAAUCAACUAGCACACCUGCGAGCUUACAAACUAUCGUUAGAACUCAUGGUAGCAACAGCACGUCUUUGCAUCAUAAGAUAAUCAAGGACAUGGCUAAUCGUCAUUACGUAACGAGAGGAAGAUUCAGAUACGUGCAAUUAUUGGCCAACGUUGUUGCACUUUUAGCCAUUGUUGCUGGAUUUAAUGCAUAUUAUAAAACGUAUCCUGAAAUUGCCAUAAGAUUCGAGAACAGAACGAUGUAUACGAGUAUAAUUACAGUGACUGAACCUAUGCGUAUAAUGAUACAGGAAGAAGAAGAAGAGAAGAAUCCUGCACCUGGUAUCUGUUUGCCAGUGAUAGUCAGCUUUUGUCAAUAUCACAAGAUCCCUUACAACUUUACGGUCUUCCCAAAUUACAUGGGUAACUUUGGUCAACGAGACGCCCAACAGGAAUUGCAAUUAUAUAACGCAGUGGUAGACGUUAGGUGUUACGAAUUGGCAGCCCUAUUUCUCUGCAGCAUCUUUGUACCCAAAUGUGGACCCCGUGGUCAGGUUGUUCGACCCUGUCGCAGUCUAUGCAAUGAAACCAAAAGACGAUGUGGAUUCUUUUUCGAGGUAUUCGACUUGACACUUCCGGAUUAUCUCGAUUGCGAUCUUUUUCCUGAAAAUGCUAAUCCGGAUUUAUGCGUGGGUCAUUCCGAAGUGAUCGAAACUGAUUUGAAAGCUAUGAAACCAGUAUGUACCAGUGGUUUUCAAUGUGACCGUAACCGAUGCAUACCGGUUGAUUGGCGAUGCGACGGUCAUCUGGAUUGUGCCGAUCUCACCGACGAGAUCGGUUGCGGUGAUUGCGGUUCCAUGUCCUCAUUGUCAAAGUUUAAUAACACCCAUAGUAAAAUUGAAAAAAAGAAAUUUGGACAGUCGAAGAAUAAUCAAUCAAAGGCAACUAUACAUUGCGGGGAAAGAAGGUGCAUGGAAGCUAGUCACAUUUGUGAUGGUGUCAUGGAUUGUCCAUGGGGACAGGACGAACGUUAUUGCGUGAAAUUGAACAAAAGAAAUGGCGAUAUAGGAGAAGGACUUUUGGAAGUUUACCACGCAGAAAUGGGCAAAUUUAUGCCAGCAUGUAUACCACCAAAGGAACAUGUCACCGCCCAAGCUAUUUGUUCCCUUUUAGGAUACACCGUAGUACUUUCAUCCAAUUUUUCUACGAAAGAUAGCAACAUGAUCAUGAUUCAAACCUACAAUGAAUCAAAUCAAUAUCAGAGAUUAACACCAAAGCGAAGUUUAUUGAAAAAAUUUCAAGCAUGCAUUAAAGAGGACGAGGAUUAUCCAACGGUAGAACUCACUUGUUCGGAAUAUGCUUGCGGCAGAAGAUUUCCACUUUACGGUAAUUCAAACGUUAAAACUAGAAUAGUCGGUGGUGUUGAAUCCUCUCCGGGUGAUUGGCCCUUCUUAGCAGCCCUAUUGGGUGGCCCAGAACAAAUUUUUUACUGUGCCGGUGUACUCAUUUCUGAUCAAUGGGUUUUAACAGCAUCUCAUUGCGUUGGAAAUCUUUCGGAUGUUUCUGGUUGGACAAUUCAAUUAGGUAUUACUAGAAGACACAGUCAUACUUAUCUUGGACAAAAAUUAAAGAUCAAGAGAGUGAUUCGUCAUCCUGAUUACAGUUUGGGUAUCGUUCAUGAUAACGAUGUUGCAUUGUGUCAGUUAGAGAAACGUGUUCAAUUUCAUGAACAUUUGAGACCAGUGUGUCUACCCACUGCUACAACCAAUCUUCCCCCAGCAACCCUGUGCACAGUUAUUGGUUGGGGUAAGAAGAACGACACUCAAGAUGCUGAAUAUGAACCAGCUGUUAACGAGGUACAAGUUCCUGUUUUGAGUAGACAGGUUUGUAACAUGUGGUUGGCUUAUAAAGAAUUGAAUGUAACCGAGGGUAUGAUUUGUGCUGGUUAUCCUGAUGGUGGAAAGGAUGCUUGUCAGGGCGAUUCUGGAGGGCCUCUAUUAUGUCAAGACAAAGAUGACAAAGAGAAAUGGUUUGUUGGUGGUAUAGUAAGUUGGGGUAUAAAGUGUGCUCAACCAAAAUUACCAGGCGUCUACGCCUAUGUACCGAAAUACGUUCCAUGGAUUCGCAAUGAAAUGGCUAAAUAUUCUGAUAAGGAAGAGUCAUAAUGAGAAGAGUUUUCAUCUCUUUCAGAUGAUAUUAAUGUAUCAUUCAAAGGGUUGAAUUCUCUUUUGUACAAUGAUUCUUAGUACUCUGAAAAUAACACAAAAAUAUGAGAAAGAUAUAUUCAGGAAGUAACAAAGAUGCCAAAUAACGAGACAAUAAUAAUCGUGGUAAUAAAUAAAUCAAAUAAAUUCCACCCUUUAGAUUGAAUUUCUAAAGAAAUAUAUUUGGUGACAAUUUUAAACACAUUGUAACAUUAUAAUGUGUAAUUAAAAUACAAAUUGUCUAAUAAUAUUUUAACGUUAAUUAAUUCUAC